GAGCGAUGAAAUUGAACCCCUUCAUUUGAUAUUUUUAAUAUGCUUACUUUCUUUGCGCAGAGUUAGGUUCCUCAGGAAGCAAAACCACCACAAAUUGUUCCUUUUAAAUAUCAAAAUGUGUCUGAAUGAUCUACAAUAUAACUGCUGGUAACAGACUAACAAAAGAUACUGAUUAUGACCGUAUAUACUACAGAGCUUCGAGGAACUAUUAAGGAACAAUUAAGGAAGUUGGAUGCAUGUUGAAGAGCAACAGAGCGUUCAGUUUGUGGGGUCUAGUGUGUGAACGUGAGAAAUACCCAGACUGAGUUCACUUUUGUUGACUCCAGUAGCUCAUUGAAACCUACACCAUAUUUACCAUCACCCAGCCACAGAGGCUUGGAUAUUUUUAAGUGUGGGGAGGUUUGUAUGUUGGCAGUGUCUCAGAAUGCACCGGAACGAGCUUUCAUCGCGCGUGUUAGUGACCAUCCUGGGACUGACGCUGGUGACUUCAGCGCGAGGCCAACAGAUGUCAGAGGAGCCGUGCUCUGUCCAGAUCCUUGUCCCCGGACUGAAAGGAGAGGCGGGAGAGAAGGGAGAGAAAGGAGCCCCAGGGAGGCCAGGAAGAGUGGGUCCCCCCGGAGAGACCGGUGCUCCUGGAAUCAAAGGACAGAAGGGUCUCAUGGGUCGAUAUGGGAAGAUGGGUCCUCCUGGAUACAAGGGUGAGAAGGGAGACAUGGGAGAUCCAGGACCAAAAGGCCCUGAUGGAGACUCCGGACUCCCCUGUGAGUGUGCACCAUUACGGAAGAUGAUUGGUGAAAUGGACAAUCAAGUGGCGCAAUUAACCAAUGAGUUGAAGUUCAUUAAGAAUGCACUGCCCUCCCCUGCAGCUGUCGCUGGCAUCAAAGAGGUGGACGGUAAGGUCUACCUUCUGGUGAAGGAGGCCAAGCGUUACCAAGACGCCGAGGCCUACUGUCAUGGGAGGGACGGACAUCUGGCCAUGCCCAAGGACGAACGGGCCAACGCGGCCAUCGCAGCGUACAUCACGGAAGCGGGCCUCGGCAGGGUGUUCAUCGGCCUCAAUGACAUAGAGCAGGAGGGCCAUUUUGUGUAUGUGGAGCGGUCUGCCAUGAGCACUUUCAGCAAGUGGCGCGAGGGCGAGCCAAACAACGCCUACGAGGAUGAGGACUGCGUGGAGAUGGUGGCAGCAGGAGAGUGGAUAGAUGUGGCCUGUAGCCUCACCAUGUACUUUGUGUGUGAAUUUGACAAAGCAAAUGUCAUGCAGUAGGAAAGGUAGGUGAACAGAUGGGUGGACACCGUUAUCUUUUUCUCUUUGUUGUUUUACUGCCUUUUCAUUGAUUGCUCCUCGCAGAAGCCUACAGAUCCCCAGAGAAAUCACUGAGUGUAGGGUAUCUGUGUUAGUCAAUCAAGUUUGAAUGUCAGUGGAUGAAAUGAUCAACAACAAAAAAAAUCAUUUAUCAAAGUUCUAAUAUUGCCAUUUUCGUUUAUGUCACAGCUAUGUCUAGUUAUGACAGUUUGUUUGGAUUAUUUGCUUUGAUUUCAUUGACACAAAUUAGAAACUGAAAUAUUAAAAUAUAUUUUAAAACAAUGUUGUUAUGUAGUAUUUGUUAAACAUGAAAGGUGUAAUUAUUUUGCUGAUUUGUAUGUAAUAACUUUUUAAAUAUUACAUAUCUUCAUCAUUUCUACCAAAACAUGUUCAGCUGUAAAUUCCCCAUCUUGGGAUACUGAUCCACUAAUUAUAUCUUUUAAGAUUAA